CGCGUCCCCGUGUCUGUUUGACAGCCGCGGGCACGCGCAGGAAAUCUGCUCCUUUAAGUGGGGGGGAGCGGCCCUCCCUCCUCCCCCUGCUUGGCCUCCUCGCGGAGCUGCGAUGGGGAUUUGAAGGCUCGGAGCUCCGCGGGCGGCUCGGCGUCACCUCAGCGCCGCUUUGGAGUCACCGGAUCGGACCGGCCGCUCACCGAUCCGCCGCUCGGUCUGCUGGAGCCGGAGGCGCGGAGCAGGACCGCGUGUGUCCGCGGAGGGACCCCGCUCCUGCUCGGGCUCGCGCUGUUAGGCUCGCGGACGGGAUUCGGGAUCCGGUACCGGGACUUGGAUGCGAGUUUGGCCCCGCGCGAGGCAGCGGGAGCCCGCGAGGAGAGCCGGGGCCGAUGGCGCAACGGUAUGAAGAGCUCGCCCACUACGGGCUGGAGGUGGUGGGGGGGGUGUAUGGAGACCCUCCCCACCACCACCCUCACGCCGCUGCAGCUGCACGUUCCCUGCAAGCCGUUCACCUGGCCACCGCCACCGCCACCUAUCCUCCACACCACUACGCCCAGUCCACCCACAGCAGCGGCGGCAACAUGGCCGCCACAGCCGGGGACGCCAUCAAGAGGGACAAAGACGCCAUUUACGGACAUCCUUUAUUCCCGCUGCUCGCACUCAUCUUUGAGAAAUGUGAACUGGCAACCUGCACGCCGAGGGAGAGCGCCGUGGCCGGGGGAGACGUCUGCUCCUCCGACUCCUUCAGCGAGGACAUCGCCGUCUUCUCCAAACAGAUCCGCUCGGAGAAGCCGCUGUUUUCAUCCAACCCAGAGCUCGAUAACUUGAUGAUUCAGGCGAUCCAGGUGCUGCGUUUCCACCUCCUGGAGCUGGAGAAGGUUCACGAGCUCUGCGAUAACUUCUGCCAUCGAUACAUCAGCUGUCUGAAAGGCAAAAUGCCGAUCGACCUGGUCAUAGACGACGGAGACGGAAACAAGUCAGACGGCGAGGACUUUGUCAGGUCGUCGGGGAACCUCGUGGAUCGGGACUCUGAUCAGGUCUGCAGACCCCAUAGCGUGGAGCGGGACCCCACGCCUCUUCACCCCCUGCCCUGUGGGCGUGGCCUGAUGAGGAGACACCUGAGCUUGCCUCUGUUCUCGGCCUUCUCAGAGUGCUCCACGGACUAA